AGGAGGAGGAGGAGGAGGAAGGGGCGGUGCUCGGCUGGGCUCGGCUCGGCUCGGCGCGGCCAUCCCCCGGCCCCGCAUCGCUGCGUGCGCGGAGCCGCCGUGCAGCCGGCAGGAUGAUCGCCGCCCAGCUCCUGGCCUACUACUUCACGGAGCUGAAGGAGGACCAGGUCAAAAAGAUUGAUAAAUACCUCUACGCCAUGCGGCUCUCUGACGAAACGCUGCUGGAUGUCAUGGCUCGCUUCAGGAGGGAGAUGAAGAACGGCCUCUCCAGGGAUUUUAACCCCACGGCUGCAGUCAAGAUGCUUCCCACGUUUGUCAGGUCCAUUCCUGAUGGUUCAGAGAAAGGAGAUUUCAUUGCACUGGACCUUGGUGGUUCUUAUUUCCGAAUUCUGCGGGUGAAGGUAUCGCAUGAAAAGAAGCAGACGGUGCAGAUGGAAAGUGAAAUUUAUAACACCCCUGAAGAUAUCAUGCACGGCAGCGGGACACGGCUUUUUGAUCAUGUUGCUGAGUGCCUGGGAGACUUCAUGGAGAAACAACAGAUCAAAGACAAGAAAUUACCAGUCGGGUUUACGUUUUCUUUCCCCUGUCGACAGUCCAAGCUAGAUGAGGGUAUUCUGAUAACCUGGACGAAGCGCUUCAAAGCAAGUGGAGUGGAGGGAGCAGAUGUUGUGAGGCUGCUUAACAAGGCCAUCAAGAAACGUGGGGACUACGAUGCGGAUAUCAUGGCUGUUGUGAACGACACCGUCGGGACAAUGAUGACCUGUGGCUUUGACGACCAGCGCUGUGAAGUUGGCCUGAUCAUUGGCACCGGCACCAACGCCUGUUACAUGGAGGAGAUGCGGCACAUCGACCUGGUGGAAGGGGACGAGGGCAGGAUGUGCAUUAACACGGAGUGGGGGGCCUUUGGAGAUGAUGGCUCACUAGAAGACAUCAGGACUGAGUUUGAUCGGGAGAUCGACCGUGGAUCUCUUAACCCAGGGAAGCAGCUGUUUGAGAAGAUGGUCAGCGGGCUGUACAUGGGGGAGCUGGUAAGGCUCAUCCUGGUGAAGAUGGCCAAGGAGGGGCUGCUCUUUGAGGGGAGGAUCACCCCUGAGCUUCUCACCAAAGGGAAGUUUGAGACAAAGCAUGUUUCUGCCAUAGAAAAGAGCAAAGAAGGUUUGAACAAAGCCAAAGAGAUCCUGACGCGGCUGGGGGUGGAGCCGUCCCACGAGGACUGCAUCGCUGUCCAGCAUGUCUGCACCAUCGUGUCCUUCCGCUCCGCCAACCUGGUGGCCUCCACCCUGGGUGCCAUCCUCAACCAGCUGCGGGACAACAAGGGGGUCGGCCGCCUCCGCACCACCGUGGGCGUGGAUGGCUCCCUCUACAAGAUGCACCCACAGUACGCCCGGCGCCUGCACAAAACCACGCGGCGCCUGGUGCCCGACUCGGAGGUGCGGUUCCUGCUGUCGGAGAGCGGCAGCGGGAAGGGGGCGGCCAUGGUGACGGCCGUGGCCUACCGGCUGUCGGAGCAGCACCGGCUCAUCGACGAGACCCUGGCCGAGUUCAAGCUCACCCACGAGCAGCUGCUACAGGUCAAGAAGAGGAUGAGGGCGGAGAUGGAAGCGGGGCUGAAGAAGAAGACUCACGAGACGGCCAAAGUGAAAAUGCUGCCCACCUUUGUCCGCAGCACGCCGGAUGGCACAGAAAACGGAGACUUUCUGGCACUUGACCUUGGAGGGACAAACUUUAGAGUUUUGCUGGUGAAAAUCCGCAGUGGUAAAAGGAGAACAGUUGAGAUGCACAACAAGAUCUAUGCCAUUCCUAUAGAGGUGAUGCAGGGAACAGGAGAAGAGCUGUUUGAUCACAUCGUUACCUGCAUUUCUGACUUCUUGGAUUAUAUGGGGAUAAAAGGUGCACGUCUUCCUCUUGGCUUCACCUUUUCCUUCCCUUGCAAGCAGACCAGUCUGGAUGCUGGUAUCCUUCUCAACUGGACAAAAGGCUUCAAAGCUACAGACUGCGAGGGAGAAGAUGUGGUAUAUUUGCUUAGAGAAGGAAUUAAAAGAAGAGAGGAAUUUGACUUGGAUGUGGUGGCUGUGGUGAAUGAUACAGUGGGCACAAUGAUGACCUGUGCUUACGAAGACCCAAACUGUGAAAUCGGGCUCAUUGUGGGAACGGGCAGCAAUGCCUGUUACAUGGAAGAGAUGAGGAACAUAGAGAUGGUGGAUGGUGAGCAAGGGCGGAUGUGCGUGAACACGGAGUGGGGAGCGUUCGGGGAUAACGGAUGCCUGGAUGACAUCAGGACAAUAUAUGACAAAGCAGUUGAUGACUAUUCACUGAAUGCUGGAAAGCAAAGGUAUGAGAAAAUGAUCAGUGGGAUGUACCUGGGGGAAAUAGUCCGCAAUAUUUUGAUCGACUUCACCAAACGGGGAUUCCUGUUCCGAGGCCAGAUUUCAGAGACGCUGAAGACCAGGCAUAUCUUUGAAACCAAGUUCCUUUCUCAGAUUGAGAGUGACAGGUUGGCCUUGCUGCAGGUGCGAACCAUCCUGCAGCAGCUGGGGCUCAACAGCACCUGCGACGACAGUAUCAUUGUCAAGACGGUCUGCGGGGCGGUGUCAAGGCGAGCAGCUCAGCUGUGUGGUGCUGGAAUGGCUGCCGUUGUAGAUAAAAUUAGGGAGAACAGAGGGUUGGAGCGCCUGGAGAUAACGGUCGGUGUGGAUGGCACUCUGUACAAACUACAUCCUCACUUUUCAAGGAUCAUGCACCAAACAGUCAAGGACCUGGCACCCAACUGCGAUGUGACCUUCCUGCUGUCGGAGGACGGCAGCGGGAAGGGGGCCGCGCUCAUCACAGCGGUGGGAUGCCGGCUGCGCGAGGCCGAGCAGAACUGAACUCCACAGCCCUGGCCCCGAUUCUGUCUUGUGAGCACUUUCUCAUAAAGCAGCGACUGCAUAGUCAGAACUGGUAAAAACCCAGAACUCACUGCUUUAUCGGGGGAAAAAAGAAAUUACAACUAAUGACAUAAAAGAAAAAAAAUAGGAUACAAGAUAGAAUGUGUGCUGUUAAUAAUAUCUCCUGUUUCUGGACCCCAAUCUGCAUGUUUCUUACUCACCUUGUUGGUACCUUCCCCAUCUGUAGGUCAUGGAAAAAAAAUCAGUCUAUAAUUUCUGCAGUUGUCAAAUCUCGGUUGUUGUCUGAGACGAAAUUGCCCCCAAGUGAUGUGCAUUGAGAGCUACCGUUGCAUCGUACCGAGUGUGUCCUUUGCAGCAUCCCUGUGAGCGCACUGCCAGCACGCUGACCACCAGACCUGGGUGUUGAUGCUUUUAGUGAAGGGGAAGCAACAGUUCCCUCCUGCAUAUCUACCUGCUGUUGUUCCGUCUAAAGCGAUUGUGAAAACAUUAUGGUGUGUCAGCACUGUGCACGCACGUAACUCUAUAGUGGGACUUGACACCACGACUUACUCGCUUCCUUGAUGCCUGUUCUGUCAUGGUAAAAGUAAACACCCUUGUCCCACAGAUCUGGUUCCACUGGUAUUUCCCAUUGCUUCUGUGAGCAGUGUUGUGUUACUGGGCGAAAUCCGCCACGUUUCGGCAAGAAAUCCCCAAAGAGUAGAAUGAAGUGGUUGGUGAUUGGGGUAAUCCAAACCUCCAGACCUGCGAGAUCGGCAGAUUCAUGGUCCCUGCACGGCUGUGCUGUGCUCUUCUGUUUAAGAGUUCUUAUAAAAAGUAUUUCCUAUCUCUUCUUGUUAGUCUGGAUCAGGGCACUGCUGCUGCCCUUCCACGGAACCUGCAGCUCGCCUGUGUCCCUGGGAUGCGGCACUUCCGUCUCUCGCCUUAAAUGGGUAUUUGCUUCCACACAGAGCUUUAAUCUUUAAUACUGUUCAGCAAUCACUCAGAACACAAACACUCAGCUAGAGUUAGUGCUCAGAAAGGAAUAGGAGGGUUUGAUUUUGAUCUUGCCUUUGAGGACCUGGGCGUAUAGACAACCCACCAAGCCAAAAUUGGAUGCAGCUUAUUCCAAGGAUGAAAGCAACAGCAAAGAUCAUACACACUUGGUGUCCCCUGUCCUCUGUCGAGUCGAUGCCAUUAUUAUACUUGCAUACCAGUUGCAUUACUGAAAUUGAAAAGCAGUUAGGAAAGUAAAUGUUGAAUAACAUUUGCAAGCCACACCACUUUCUGCAAAGAGGGAGACCACACAGUAGUCCUUAAUUCCCACUCUUCUACCAAAAAUGAAUUUGAGAUAUCUGCAUGGUUUUCCCUGCUGCCUUUUCCUGCAGAAAGUAGAUGGAAAUUUGCAGGCUACUCCUCUUUGUCCUCAUUCCACUCCUCUAAGAUUUGGAUUGCCCUACCUACCGAUAACAUUUCAAUAUGCAUUAUGGUGCACUGUGAGUGAAUGUUGUAAAGUAACAUGUGAGUCACAAACAGUCAUUGCAGCUUUAAGUGUGUGUCUACCUGAAAAAUUGCAUGCCUAACUGGUUUUGCAAAGGUAGAGAGUCUUUUUACUUUGCACACUAGUAGCUCUGGUACUAGUGUUACGUGAUACUUGUGAAAAUAUUAAACUUUUUUGAUGUGCGUUAACUGGUGUUUAGUGGUUCUUUCUGGAAGAGGUGCUGUUGGCUGGUGGCUUAGUGCUUUGGGAAGAGCUAUUGUGUAGGGAGAGCUGCAACCUAAUCCCAGUGGUGCCUGUGUUUUGUGUGUGUGUUUUUAUUCCCGGGCAUUCGGGGUCAGAUUCAAACAGGGUGGAUUUCACCCAGGUCCCCAUGCCUCGUGUUUCCUAAUGUAGUUCAGCAGAGGCACAGCGCUGACAACGCCCAAAUCUUAGGGGGCACGUAGCUUGUCUGGGGGCACCUCAUGCCCUGUCUUGUGCAGGGGGAUCUGCAGUGCAGGAAAACCUCAGCCCACUGCACUGAGAGCAGUGUGAUUAUAUUAGGCUUUGCCAGAUACACAGUGAUGGAUACAUCAUGUCACAGUCAGUGAGCUCGCUCCCUGUGUGCAAAGGGUUAACAUUUGCAGAAUCCUGGUGUCAGGUGCUCGUUCACCACUGGUUGGCACAGUCUGUGUUGGAGUUGUUGUAGAUGAAAGCCCCUUUUGCAUACACUAGAGCUGUGCUUCUCCAAUAACCCAUUUUACGUUACAGCUUGAAUAGUCUCUGACACCCUUGAUGUGCAGCUAUGACCCCAAACAGGAGACAGAAGAAGGUGAGAAACUUUUUGGGCACAGGGGACAUGUUGCAUUUGAAUUGCUUGAAGGUUUGCAAAUCUUGUGCUUGCCCGUAGUCGGCAGUGCUGUAGGGGUGGUGUGAGCCGUGCCUGGGGACCUGGGUUUGGAGCUCUUUGGCAUCUGAGAGCUAGGCUCAGUGCAGGGUAGAGGGGAAUGAGAAGUGGAAGUUAAACUCGGUCUCAGGGUGACUGUGAAUUUUGGAGAUGCUGGCAUAGGUCAUUUUGUUUAUUGGAUCCAGCUCAUAACAAAUAGGGAGUGAGUUUGUGUUUCUAACAGCGCAACUUUUCCUACCGUGGACCAUAGUUGAUGUGCUUGAUAAGACACAGCAGUUCUUUUCCAAAGGGACACCUGGUGGGAUUUUCAUUUCCAGACUACUUCUUACCCCUAGGAAACUGUUCCAAGUGAAUCACACGCUAUAACUGUCUGAAGAAAUGUCUCCAAUGUUAUCCAAACAAUGACUGAGAUGUCUUUCUUAAAGCUUUUAGGCUUGGUGAAUAAAAUCACAGUCCUCUUAAUUGUUAAGCUGUAGUUACUGCAAUAUGAACACAAAAAUCUUAUAUUUCCUGGGGAAAAGACCAUUUGCAUACCACUGUUGUAAUGUCAUCUGCUCCUUCCUCCUCUGAGGGUUCUCUCAGAAGCCUUUUGAAUGAGUUUUAAAACAAGCAGACCUUGUUUUGUUUUGUUUUCUUAAGAAAAUAGCAGAAGGCAAAAUAAAGUGUUUCUGAACUUCUGAA